AACUGGUCAGCUGCGUUGUGUUAGCGCUUCCUUGUUCCGAAUGAAACCUAAAGCAGUAGUUUUUAUUUGUGUUUUAGACUGAUAUUAAUGCGAACCGACCUUGCGACUGUCAGCGCCACCUUUAGCGGACGGGAUUCGGAUCAGUUUGAGCCGCAGUCAUGAGCACGGAGAAAGACUUUUCACCCCUCACGCCCAACAUUGUAAGGGCUCUGAAUGAUAAACUGUAUGAGAAGAGGAAAGUCGCGGCUCUGGAAAUAGAGAAGCUGGUGCGGGAGUUUGUGGCCCAGAACAACUCCACUCAGAUCAGACAUGUGAUUCAGAUCCUGGCAUCGGAGUUUGCCCUCUCUCAACACCCCCACAGCCGCAAAGGGGGUCUGAUCGGACUGGCAGCUUGCUCCAUCGCCCUGGGAAAGGACUCUGGUCUGUAUCUAAAGGAGCUCAUUGAGCCUGUACUCACGUGUUUCAAUGACUCAGACAGCCGUCUGCGCUACUAUGCAUGUGAGGCCCUGUAUAACAUAGUGAAAGUGGCCAGAGGAGCAGUUCUGCCUCACUUCAACCUGCUUUUUGAUGGUCUCAGCAAGCUUGCAGCUGAUCCAGACCCUAAUGUGAAAAGUGGAUCUGAACUCCUGGACCGAUUGCUGAAAGACAUCGUUACCGAGAGCAACACCUUUGACCUGGUGGCUUUUGUCCCCCUGUUGAGGGAAAGAAUCUACUCCAAUAAUCAGUACGCCAGGCAGUUUAUCAUUUCUUGGAUCCAUGUCCUGGAGUCUGUGCCAGACAUCCACCUGUUAGAUUAUCUCCCUGAGAUCCUGGAUGGGCUCUUUCAGAUCCUGGGUGAUAACAGCAAGGAGAUCCGCAGGACAUGCGAGGUGGUGCUCGGAGAGUUUCUGAAGGAGAUCAAGAAGACCCCCUCAAGCGUGAAAUUUGCAGAGAUGGCCAACAUUCUUGUCAUUCACUGCCAAGUUGCAGAUGAAACCAAACUGACGAAUGAUCUGAUCCAGCUGACGGCUAUGACGUGGAUGAGGGAGUUCAUCCAGCUCGCAGGCAGAGUGGUGCUCCCUUAUUCCUCUGGCAUUCUCACUGCAGUGCUGCCCUGUCUGUCCUAUGAUGACAGGAAGAAAAAUACCAAAGAAGCAGCUAGCGCCUGUAAUAACAGCCUGAUGAAACUGGUAACCCCUGAAGAUGAUGAAGAUGUUGAGGAAGAAAAAAGCGGGAGUACAGGCUCACCCUCUGCUGGAGAAGGCCAGCCCAAAGUGGAAGGAGACAGCAAUGACAUGCUGAAUGCAUCCCAGGAAUCUGUUGGUCUGAGCAACAUUAGCUUCUUUACUCCAGCAGGCUCUGACAGGCCGCAAGUAACUCUGGAUCUGGAUGGGAUUGUCCAGGUGUUGGACCGCCACCUCCAUGACUCCUCCACUGGCAUGAUGACCCGCAUAGCUGUACUCAAAUGGCUUUAUCACCUUUACAUUAAGACGCCACGCAAAAUGUUUCGCCACACAGACAGCCUUUUCCCCAUUCUCCUGAAAACACUAUCUGAUGAGUCGGAUGAAGUCAUCCUGAAAGAUCUGGAGGUGUUGGCUGAGAUCGCAUCAUCACCAGCUGGCCAGACAGACCAAGCCUUCUCCUGUGACAUCACUGACAACAAGCUGGUGCUUAAGGUACCAGAGGGUCCCAAACCAGGACAACAGCCCAAUGCAGGCUCCAAGGCUUUGGACUCCUCCCCAUCCACCCCCAGUAUGAACUCCUACUUUUAUAAGUUUAUGAUCAAUUUGCUUAAGCGUUUCAGUCUGGAGAGGAAGCUUCUGGAAAACAGAGGAGCUUUCAUCAUCCGGCAGCUGUGUCUGUUGCUUCAUGCAGAGAACAUCUUCCACUCUAUGGCUGACAUCUUGUUGAAGGAAGAGGACCUUAAGUUUGCCUCCACAAUGGUUCAGACGCUCAAUACCAUUCUGCUAACCUCUGCUGAGCUUUUCCAGUUACGCAACCAGCUAAAGGACCUGCACACUCAGGAAAGCUGUGCUUUGUUCUGCUGUUUGUAUCGUUCCUGGUGCCACAACCCCGUGGCCACAGUGUCACUUUGUUUCCUCACACAGAACUACAAGCAUGCAUACGAUCUCAUCCAGAAGUUUGGAAAUCUUGAGGUGACGGUGGACUUCCUGAUGGAGGUUGACAAACUGGUGCAGCUCAUAGAAAGCCCAAUUUUUACCUACCUGCGCCUGCAGCUCCUAGAUGUGGAGAACAACCCGUAUCUGAUUAAGGCGUUGUAUGGUCUGCUGAUGCUGCUGCCUCAGAGCCAGGCGUUCCAGCUGCUCUCCCAUCGGUUAAGGUGUGUUCCUAACCCAGAGCUUAUGAGAACUGUGGAUGAAUCCAAGUAUAUGGACUCUAAAAAGCAAGCAGCGUGCAACAAGUACUCCACUCAUACUCAGAUGGAUUACAGCGAGCUGCUGCAGCAUUUCGACCGUGUGCAAAGCAAACACCUGGAGGUCCGACACCAGCGCUCUAGCCGCGCAUCUGAUCACCAUGACAGGAGACUGAUGUGAGAUUUGUAGUAAUGGAUAAUUGAAAACAGUAAAGUGUGUCGUACAUAAAUAGCAUACCAGUUAUUGUUAUUGAAGGCAAGAAGUAUUACGUAUAUAAAAUUAUUUCUUUGAAAAACACUGAAUAUACCCUGUAUGUGUGUAUUUUGGCAUUCCUGAUAUAUGGUAUGUAACAAACUAGAAAAGUAUAGAUCUCACCUUGUAAAGAAUAACUUAACCUGCUUCCAUAUAAAUUUGAUAGGAAGGAUGUAUAUAUAAAAAAAAAAAUCUAUAACUUGAUAUCUGUUUUCUUAAUUGUUUCCUAAUGUGCAGCGCUACUACUAAGCAUGUCUUUAAGGUUGCCUUAAUCAUGGCUGCCAGAGAAGGAAUCUCACAUGUUCCAGCGUCGAUUCCGAUCAGCUGACAUCCAAGCCUGCUAAUGAGUCAUUUUACAUUGCAGAACUUCAACUUUAUUUCUCGCACAUGUAUUUUCCAACCUUUUUGUAUGCAAAGAUCUUCAAUUAUUUGUGAUGUCUCACUGCAGUCAUUCUAUGUGAAAAUAAAGAAGACCAUG